CUCCAAGACAGGGAGCCGUGUUUGCUUCGUAUUGCCCAAGCAGGCCAGCACUCAGAGAGCACACAAGUUGUCUGGUGAUCACUCGGAUACUGAAGUUUAUCAUCAUCUUCGUCGAUUUCCCCUGAUCGUACUGGGAUUGCUUGGCUCUACCUCUCUCGUCCCAUAGGAGCUAAAAGGUUUCUGAAAGAAUUUUCUCGAAAUGGAGUCACUGUGCUUUCACGAUGGCAACAUCACCGACUUGAUCAAUAGCCGUACCGUGGACACCCGCCAUGACAAUGUUCAUAGAUUUCAAAUGCACUCCUCUAUGGUACGGAGGCUGUCAUUAGAAAGGGAGUUAGAGGGGCAUCAGGGCUGCGUCAACACAAUUUCUUGGAAUUCUAGAGGGUCACUUUUGAUAUCUGGAUCUGAUGAUACAAGAAUCAAUAUAUGGAACUAUUCUAACCGGAAGCUACUGCACUCUAUAGAGACUGGUCAUUCAGCAAAUAUAUUCUGCACAAAAUUUGUUCCUGAAACAUCGGACGAGCUUGUUGUUUCUGGAGCUGGGGAUGCUGAAGUUCGGCUUUUUCGCCUAUCUCGUUUACGGGGAAGAAGACUUGAUGAGAAUGUUAUCAGUCCAUCAUCAGUGUAUCAGUGUCAUACACGGAGGGUCAAAAAAUUAGCUGUUGAGAUUGGAAACCCAAAUGUUGUAUGGAGUGCAAGUGAAGAUGGAACUUUGAGGCAGUAUGAUUUUCGAGAACGUGCAUCCUGCCCUCCGGCGGGUGCUUCUCAUCAAGAAUGCCGUAAUAUUCUCCUUGACUUGCGCUGUGGAGCUAAGACGUCAUUGGCUGAUCGUCCUAAUCAUUUUUUUGCCUUAAAAUCUUGUGAUAUCAGCUCAACUAGGCCACAUUUGCUCCUUGUUGGUGGGAGUGAUGUUUUUGCACGUUUAUACGAUAGGCGCAUGUUGCCACCGUUGUCCUCUAGUCAAACAAAGUUGAAACCUCCUUCAUGUGUCAAUUACUUCUGUCCAAUGCAUCUAUCCGACCAUGGCCAUUCUAGCUUGCUUUUAACUCAUGUCGCAUUUAGUCCCAAUGGUGAGGAGGUUCUACUUAGCUACAGCGGGGAGCAUGUGUACUUGAUGGAUGUAAUUCCUACACGAAGCGCUAUGCGAUAUUCCUCCAGUGAUGUAGCUAGGCUUAUGAACUUCAGUGCCGUUGUCAAGGAAGUGGAAUUGCAGUCAUCAAUAACUGAUAUCUUUUUAAGUGGUUCUUUAUUAAAAAGCCAUGCCAAUACUAAGCUGGAUAAGUGCAAAAAAUUGAUUCAGAUUGCUGAAAUAUCGAUACAAGAAGAAAAAAAUUAUUAUUACGGUAUUGAAGCCUGUAACGAUGUCUUACAUGGUUAUGGGGAUGAAAUAGGGCCUACCCUAACUUAUGACUGUUUAUGCAUUCGAGCGGCCUUAUUGCUCAAGAGGAAGUGGAAAAAUGAUGUGCACAUGGCUAUAAGAGAUUGUCAUAAAGCUAGAAAGAUUGACCCAACUUCAUUUGGGGCACUAGUUUUGACAGCCGAAGCUCUACUGCAGUUAGGGAAACACAGAGAUGCUAUGGAGUUUGCUACAUGUGCCCAAGCAUUGGUCCCUUUUGGUACAGAAGCUGCAGAGAAGGUGGAGAAUUUAAUAAAGCAUAUUAAUGCAGCAGAAGCGGAGAAAGCUAAGAAUGAACAUGAUGGACGAUCUAAAUCUGAGAGUGAGGUUGGGCAGGUGUUUUCGUUGAGUGAUAUACUCUAUCACUCAAAUGCAAAUAGUGAUUCUUCACAAGAUGGUGUGAGGUCUGAGAGAGAAGAUUCUGAUGAGGACAUGGAAUUGGCUUUUGAAACAUCACUAAGUGGGGAUGAGUCACUUGAUAAUACCGAGCCCAAUGUUAUUGAAGGAAGCUUGAAUGUGAGGAUUUAUAGGAGAGAUGAUUCAAGUAUGGAUACAAGAACAAAUGGAUCGUGUGGGUCACCAUCAUCAGUAUGUCAAGAAGAUAAAUCAUCUUACCAGCCUGAGGCUGCUAUAGAUAUGAAACAGAGGUACAUCGGUCACCGUAAUGUAGGCACUGAUAUAAAACAGGCUAGUUUUCUUGGCCAAAGAGGUGAUUACAUUGCCAGCGGGAGUGAUGAUGGUAGAUGGUUCAUUUGGGAAAAGAAAACUGGCAGGCUCGUAAAAAUGCUUCAUGGAGAUGGAACUGUUGUAAAUUGUGUACAAAGCCAUCCAUAUGAUUGUGCUGUGGCUACAAGUGGGAUUGACAAUACCAUAAAAAUCUGGAAUCCAAGUGAUUUGCCAUCAUCCAAUGUAGCUAAUGGGGAAGUAGAACCGGAGACUUCAGAUUUUCUGGAUGCAAUGGAAAGCAAUCAGCGCAGAUUAUGUAGUAAUCGUGAAACAGUUUUGCCUUUCGAAUUUCUGGAACGGUUCAGGAUGCGUGAGUUUGCAGAAGGUGGCCCUCAACCGUUCGAGUGCACACAGAGUUGAUACCAUCCAACUUUCUUGUCCUACUUUUUCCAUGCUUAUACAGUUACGCUCGAUGAUAGUGAAAUUUCCCGUGCUUGGGCUUCUGGAAUUGCCUUGUAUAAACUAAAACUUCGAGCUAUUUGUGGGAUUUUUCACUUCAUGGAAAUUACUUGCGUACGAUUCUUUUUCGUGUUUCUCAUUGUAUACGUAUGUAAAUUCUGUGUGUAUAUUGCUGUCAUCUUUCUGCAUUAUUGCCUUAUUGGGCUGUUCUCAUUGUGACCCUUUAAUGCUUUAACGUGUUCUUACAUUUAGUGUCCA